UUUGUGUCACUCCAUUGGUGUAAAAGGGGUGUCAGUCAUUUUCACUUCCUCCUUGGCCGUGGUAAUGGGGCGGGAGGGGGAGAGGGCGGUACUUCACGCCGCUCGCUUUCUGCUUUUCUACACAAAAGUCUGGACUGGAGCUGCAACUAGGUUAGACGCGUCUCAAGAAAACCCCCAGCCGUUUCUUGCUCUCUUUCAUACUCAUUGUUUCCUGUAUUAAGGAGGCCAUUUUGUAACAAAGUCUAGAAGAAGAGGACAGCAAAGUUUGGCAUGGCUUUUGUUUUUCUCCUCUUCCGCUGAGCGUUUCCCACGCAAGUUUGGACUUUCUUCCCUGCAGAACAACUUCACCAAACAAGAGAGGUGUGGGAGGGGUGGAGGUGGAAGAGGAGAAGUAGGGCGAGGGUAGUUUUCCCCUUCAGCCUUUCUCUCUCAUGAGUCUCUCACACAAUGCGUGUGCCUGUUGUUACUGGGCAAUGAAAGCAGAAGGGUGACAACGGAUCACAAAGUAAGAGAGAGAGAGAGAGAGAGAGAGAGAGAGAGAGAGAGGGAGAAAAACGAGGAGUAAAAAACUGCUUCCUGUGAAGAGAUCGCUUCCUUUAUCCACAGGGAAGGGGUGGACACAGGAACUGGGACUCCCUGUUGGAGUGUGUGUAAGUGUGUGUAGACUAGUGCGUCCACACCCUCAUUCUCAUUCAGUAGUGUCAGUAAGUGAAUGGGUUUUGUGAACUCAAGGCUUUGUACCUGUGUUUGCCUUUUGAGUUUGUGUGCUGUGAGCUUCCAGCAGCAAGCAGAAUGGCCAACGCUAGCCCCUGUAUGCCAUCGGGGCCUAUGGCCCAGGUGUUCUUCCCACCUAGCGGUCCCUCACCCCCAGGUUCUGUGGUGAUGCAGCAGGGGACCCCAAUCUCCAUGCCUCCUACCCUUACACAGGGUGGCUUUCCUCCAGUGGAUUUUGGAGCAGCACCAGGUCCUGGGGGGACUGUCAUGCCCCCUGGUCCCCCUACCCCAGCAGGGGUCUCCUUCAUCAUCCAGAUCGGCCUGACUAGAGAGUCGGUUCUGCUGCCUCAGACUGCUGACCUGGCGUAUGUUAAACAGAUUGCCUGCUCCAUUGUUGACACCAAGUUCCCAGAGUGUGGCUUCUAUGGUAUUUAUGACAAGAUCUUACUGUUCAAACAUGACACAACAUCCAACAACAUCCUCCAGCUGGUAAAAGCUGCCAGUGACAUCCAGGAGGGAGAUCUGGUAGAGGUGGUACUCUCUGCUGCAGCCACAUUUGAAGAUUUCCAGAUCCGGCCACAUGCACUAAACGUGCACUCUUACCGUGCUCCAGCCUUUUGUGACCACUGUGGAGAAAUGCUUUUUGGACUGGUUAGACAAGGGCUCAAAUGUGAUGGUUGUGGACUGAACUAUCACAAACGCUGUGCAUUCAGUAUCCCAAACAACUGUAGUGGAGCUCGUAAACGGCGUCUGUCCACCACGUCCCUGACCAGCAGCCAGUCCCUCCGACUCUCCACCACUGAGUCCCUGAGCAGUGUAGGCACAUCGUCCACCAGUGCAGAGGACGCCAGCCUUGUGCGCUCACACACACAAAUGCCACGGACACCAAGUGAGGCCCGGCGGUUUUACACAGGCCGACCAGUUCAUCUGGACAAGAUCCUGAUGAGCAAGGUAAAGGUGCCCCAUACAUUUGCUGUCCACUCCUACACACGACCCACGGUGUGCCAGUACUGCAAGAGACUUCUCCGAGGACUCUUCAGACAGGGCCUACAGUGUAAAGACUGCAAGUUCAACUGCCACAAACGGUGUGCUUACAAGGUUCCCAACGACUGCCUUGGCGAAACCAUCGGAGACAUGCUGAGUCCCAGUGUUGACCCUGAGGUACCCAUGGACUACAGCAGUGAGUAUGAUGCCUCAGACAAGUCUUCUAUUGAUGACUCAGAUGAAGCCUGCAGCAUCCCUGGGUCAUUUUCUCCUGACAGCAACCAAGAUGGAGCCAGCGGGGACCAGAGUGUUUACAUCCCGUUAAUGAGGGUGGUGCAGUCGGUGAGGCAGACUACCCGUCGCUCCAGCACAGCCAUCAAGGAAGGAUGGAUGGUUCACUACAGCAAUAAGGACACACUGAGAAAAAGGCAUUACUGGCGACUGGACUGUAAGUGCAUCAUCCUUUUCCAGAACAACACUUCCAGCAAGUACUACAAGGAGAUCCCUCUAUCUGAGAUUCUCGAGGUACGUCCUGCUGGCGACUUCACACUGGUCCCACAAGGAACCAGUCCUCAUUGCUUUGAACUUGUCACAGGCACUAUGCGCUACUUUGUUGGGGAGGACCCCAACACCCUCCCUCCUUUGUCCAUCAGCAACACCCAAGGUCAUCCCCCAACUCCCCCUUCCCCCAGCAAUGUGGCACCCAAUAGCGGUGUGGGGCGCGAAGUGGCCAAAGCAUGGGAGAGUGCCAUUCGCCAGGCCCUCAUGCCAGUCAUUUUCCAGGACGCACCCCCAGCUGAAGGAAACACACCUCACAGACAAGCGUCAGUCAGCAUUUCUGUAUCCAACAGUCAAAUACAAGAGAAUGUGGAUAUUGGUAUGGUGUAUCAAAUCUUUGCUGAUGAGGUCCUUGGAUCCGGGCAGUUUGGAGUGGUGUAUGGAGGAAAACACCGGAAGACAGGGCGAGAUGUAGCAGUCAAAGUUAUUGACAAACUACGCUUCCCCACCAAGCAGGAGAGUCAGCUGAGAAAUGAAGUGGCCAUAUUGCAGAGUCUGCGUCACCUUGGCAUCGUUAAUCUGGAAUGUAUGUUCGAGACCCCGGAAAAAGUGUUUGUUGUGAUGGAGAAGCUGCACGGGGACAUGCUGGAGAUGAUCCUCUCGAGUGAGAAAAGCAGGCUACCGGAGAGGCUCACUAAGUUUCUCAUCACUCAGAUUUUAGCAGCUCUGAGACAUCUACAUUUCAAGAACAUUGUUCACUGUGACCUGAAACCUGAGAAUGUGCUGCUUGCCUCUGCUGAGCCCUUCCCACAGGUCAAACUGUGUGAUUUUGGAUUUGCCCGUAUCAUCGGUGAGAAGUCAUUCCGCCGUUCGGUGGUGGGCACCCCGGCCUACCUGGCCCCAGAGGUUCUGCUGAAUCAGGGCUACAACCGCUCCCUUGACAUGUGGUCAGUGGGUGUCAUUAUGUAUGUCAGCCUCAGUGGAACGUUCCCCUUUAACGAGGAUGAAGACAUCAAUGACCAGAUACACAAUGCAGCCUUCAUGUACCCUCCUAACCCCUGGAAACAGAUCUCCAGUGAUGCGAUUGACUUGAUCAAUAACCUGCUACAGGUUAAGAUGAGGAAACGCUAUAGUGUGGACAAGAGUCUCAGCCAUGCCUAUUUACAGGACUACCAGACGUGGCUCGACCUACGGGAAUUGGAAACUAAGCUCGGGGAGCGCUACAUCACCCACGAGAGUGACGAUAGCCGCUGGCAAAUAUUUGCACGGGAUCACACCUUGCCGUAUCCAGCCUAUCUGGUUCCUCCCCCACCUGCGCCUGCCUCUGAUGAAGAGGAGGCCGGGGAAGAUGCAGACAUGCAGGGCCUCACUGAGAAGGUCAGCAUCCUCUAAGAAAUGGUCAUCUGACCAGAGAGAGCGAAAGAGAGAGGGAGGGAGGGACUCCGUCUAGCCUGGAACUUGAGAGAGGAGAUGGAAGUGAGGGUUGGACUGGAGAGACUGUUGUGCAGAUGGAUGAGAAAUAAUGUUAUUGAGCAUCAUAAUGUUUUAAUAAUAGUUACUUCCAGAUGUUGUGAUACAAUUCAAGCCUGCAAAAGCUUGUGAGUCAGCUUCUCUCCACUCCCUCGUUUUUUUUUUAAUUCUAAUUUUCUUUUUUUUUCCUUUUUUUGUGUGUUAAUAAAUGUGGAACUUAUAUAAUAAUGGACACUUCUCUGCUGUAUUCCAUGGAAGGACAAUUUUUUAAACACCUGACCUAAGGAACCUUUGAGGCGGGCCCACACUGUCGCAAAGCCAUAGUGUAGAAUCAAAUUACUCAAGGGCCGCCUAUAGUACAUACCAGAAGUGCCAGCUUACACCUGUCAAAUAUGAAAGCCGCUGUAUUUAGCACCUUAUUCCCAUAGAAAAUGCGAGUCUGUAGUAGUGGCAGUGCCUGGGAAGAGAACUGUUCUGAGGAAUUACAACUUACCAAGUAGUCACACGUCGGCUCAAGGUUAGAUGCCACCAGGGCAGGGAGUUAAACUGAAAUGAAGCAGUGUUCUUCAUGACAUAUGUCAGCCAGCGCUGGUGUGUGCUGUCCUUUAGAUACUUCAGUGAAAUGGGGCAGUUUGACUCCUUGUAGCACCACUGCAGGGUUGGGUUCAUAUGUUGCAGAUUGAGUCACUCUAAAAGAAAUAUUCCUUACAUAGGCAAACCUAGAUGUUUUUCUGCCAUCACGGUGCUUCAGGAUGCAAGAUGAAUUCCGAAUCUUUUAAAAGGAGGACAUGAAGAUAAAAAUGUGUGGAAAUUUUUGCCCGUGUCUGUGUGGGAGUGUACAUUUGUUUUUAAAUCUAGAUAGAGUGGUGGAUGCUUAAUUGUGAGUAUGUGUAUUCUUAUGUGUAUGUGUGUGUGUUUGUAUAAGUGCAUAUCGGUUGUUGUUUUUUUUUUUUUUUUUUUCGGCUAACAGGGAUUGACAUGGAAACAAAACCCUAAGAACUAACUCCAGUUAGAGGAAAAAAGCCAUUUGUUCUGAGCAUAAUUUCAUAUGGUGUCUUGAAUUGUAGUCCUCCCUCCAAUGUCAUACACUAAAGAACAGCUCCUCUCUCUCACAGUGACACAAGGCUAACGGUGAUAGCAGAGUUCCUCAAAGCUGAUUUAAUAGUGGCUUGGAUUCACACAAGUCACUUUUCAAGUGAAUUCUCAUAAGUGUGUGCCUUACAAUGAGAACUGGAAACAUUGCUGCAAUGAAAGCAAUGCUUAAUUGUAGUUUUUCAGUGAGUGCAAUUAUUUUUCAUGGUGAAAUUAAAUUAGUCUUGGCCUUAACUAUCUUCUUCUUGGACAAUUUUCUUGCCUAUCAAGGCUAGAUAGCUUACUAUGUAUUAUGUCAGACUGACAGAUUAUAGCACAUCAACCAUGAUGACUGUUAACGCAUUAGGUAUAAAAACUGCUUAUGUUCAGUCUCCCAUUCUCAGUCAUCUCUUAAGUCAAACAGUUGUCAUUUUUUGUUGCUGUGGUUUAUGUUCCAUUGGUUAGCCUCUACACACUUUUUUAUAUGCUGCUGUAAAGCAAACAGUAUAUGAACAGAUACUCAUGGAUGGCAGAUAUGAGAAGACAUGAGUUGGGUCAUGUAUGUAAAGUGAUGUUGAUUACUGACUUACUGCAGCCAUCAUGUCAAUAAGUUGCAUGUUUAUAUGAAGUACAUUUAUCUAGAUACUAAACAUGAGAUAUAGUUAAUGGGUUAAGAAGAUGGCCUGUUAUGAACACAUGUAGACCUAAGGCCCUGUUUACACCUGGCAUUAAAAUGCAACUUGGGUGAUCCAAUCACAAAUGGACAGCUCUAAGUACAGGAGUGAAUGCACCCAAGACUCAUUGAGGACAUAUUGAGAUCUGAUCACUCAGACCACAUUUGGGGGUGGUCUGGGCCGCAUAUGGCCACAUUCUUUUAGCAGUAUGUAUGCAAAUGUAUCCUGGGCCACAUUAAAGGAAGCUACAACAACAGGCAAAAUGUGUUGUUAUGGAUGGAGUACACACAAAAUAUGCUGUCUGAUUUUCUUUUAAUUUCUGGUAGACAAGGCACGGGAAGUGCACUUCUUCAUUUAAUUUCCGGCAGACUAGGCACGGGAAGUGCAUUGCUGCCUCCCGCCGGUUAAAAACAAGAACGCAUUUGGUCUUUGCAAAUGGAAAUGAUUUAUGUGUUUAUUUGCAUAUAGAGCAGGGAAGUGAGAUCUGAUCACAAGUGGUCAUUCAGGACGCAUGUGGAGACGCAUUCUAAUGCCAGGUGUGAACUGACAUACUUAGAGCUGUCCACUUGUGAGGCAUGUUCUGCAUGCAUGCAUGUUAAUGCCAGGUGUAAACAGGGCCUAAUUAUGUAGUGUUAUGUGUAGAGAAUGUAUAACAUGGUUGGAUGAUUUCAGGCUUUGUAAGACAUAAUACAGAUGUUGAACAAAAA